AUGGAUUCCGCCUACCGCAAAGAGCAGCGGGAAGAAUACCAACAAUGGCUGGAAAAGGCCGCUGAGGGAGGCAUGAGAGGGCCUUUUCGUGCCCUUAAGAAGCCUGACACCAAGAUCGUACAACCGUGCAGAGACCAACUUCUUGAACUUCGCUGGGACAAGGCUCAGUUUUGGCAUGACCAGUGGGAUGCAUGGCGCAGUCGGUCAUUGGGAUUUGUUGAUCUUUCUCAUGAGUUGCAGGCCACUGGGCAGCGUGUGGCCAUGAAGGGGAUCCAGACCGUCAAGCGCCGGAUCAACAAUGAGGCAAAUGCCUUGCAGCCCAAGCUCCACGAUGAGCGCCCUUGUGACCGGCCGGAGCUCUUCAAACGAAAGUUGCAGGCCUGCUGCGUGGUCUUCGACUUCAAUUCUGAGACCGACAUGAAAGCAAAGGAAGCCAAGAGACAAACGCUGCUUGAACUCGUCGAGUAUGUGAAUAGCACACGGAGCUGUUUCCACGAGUCCCUGAUCCCGGACAUCGUGAAGAUGGUCGCCUCGAACAUCUUUAGGGCACUCCCGGCGAAGGACCGCUCUUUGAUGUCUUUGUCUGAUCCUGAUGAGGAGGAGCCUGUGCUCGAAAAAACUUGGCCGCACCUGCAGAUCGUUUAUGAAUUCUUUCUUCGCUUCGUCGUCUCCAAUGAAGUCGAUCCGAAGGUGGCGAAGCUUUCCCUGGACACCAAUUUUGUCUCGCAGAUGCUGGAGCUGUUUGACUCCGAUGACCCGCGAGAACGGGAUUACAUCAAGACGAUCAUGCAUCGGAUCUACGGAAAGUUUAUGGCUUUGCGCGCCUUCAUCCGCCGAGCCAUCCAGAACACAUUUUUCAAGGUACUUUACGAGUGUGAGAUUCACAAUGGUGUCGGGGAGCUCCUCGAAAUCCUGGGGAGCAUUAUCAACGGCUUUGCGCUGCCACUGAAAGAGGAGCACAAGGACUUCUUGGUGCGCGCGUUAAUCCCGCUCCACAAGAUGAAGUUUCUUGCGAGCUUCCAUCAGCAGCUCUCCUACUGCAUGUCGCAGUAUGUCGAGAAGGACCCGCGGCUCGCCUACGUCAUCCUCACCUCCAUGCUGAGAUACUGGCCGGCCACGAUUACCUCCAAGCAGGUCCUCUUCCUGAACGAGUUGGAGGAGCUCUUGGAGUUGACGAAGCCGCCCGAGUUUGUUCGGAUGCAGGAUCAGCUUUUUCAGAGACUCGCCCUGUGCAUCACCUGCCCUCAUUUUCAGGUGGCCGAGCGCACGCUCUUCUUGUGGAACAACGACUACAUCGUCCGGCUGAUCACCUCAAGCCGGAAGGUGCUCUUCCCGGUGGUCAUCGGAGCCUUGUACAUGAAUUCAAAGCAGCAUUGGAACAGUGCGGUACAUGGCCUCACCUUCAAUGUGCUUAAACUGUUAAUGGAAGCCGACCCUCAGCUCUUUGAUGAGUGUUCUGCAAAUCACAAAGAAGCCUAUGACGAGGAGGAGCAGCGCGAGGCCGCCCGGCGCCAGAAGUGGGCGAGACUGCAGGAGCUUUUUGACCAGAGGCAGACGGCUGCUGUAGCGUGA